AUGGACAGUACACUGGAGAACAUGGAGCCCAGCAGUCCGCUUCGGGACUUGGAGGAACUAGACACCACAGGACCCCUGAAUCAGGCAUGCCUACUGAAUGAGAGUGACUUGCUCUUUGGUGAUCUCAGCGACGUUGUCACCCUCAACGAGCCCCCUGUCUACGUCCUCGAGACGCCUAGGUACACUGCUGCUGACCGAUGUAGAGCAUCGCUUUGGAUAGGGUUAUUAUGAUUCUGUAUUUACUAGGAACACUUACUACUACCAUUGGUGCCAUAAAGGUCCAGGUCCUGUGUCUGUCUGUGUAGGUCCUAAGUUAAUGUCUAUAGCUAUACUCCUGAAAAUGUUAUCCUUAUGCUUGUGCAGCCCCCAGUACUUUAGAAGGAGACGGCGGUACAAUGGGUUUGAAAACUUUGGAUCUGUAAGUAGAAUACAUCCUGCAAGCAACAAUUUACCUUAAAAUUCAAGUGUGAUACCAAGUCUUGCAACAUAAAUGAAAGUUGACUCACUGAAUGUAGGCACAGCCUGACCUUGCCCUUUUCUUACAGGCUGCUCUCCUCAGCCCGCCUCCCAGUGGAGAGGACAAAUCUCUCAGCAGGACCCCCACCUCUCAUCAGACGUCAAAACGCAGGAAGCUGUCUGUGCCAGCCACCAGCAUGAGAGGUGAAGCCAAACCGGGCACCUUGUGGGCGACCAGUGGUUUUGUACCCACUUUGUCACUCAUGACAACAGACUCGUCUAUGGUUACCUGUCUGGAACCUCCUCUCCCCUCCUCUAUGCCUUGUUCUUAUUCAUCAUCACCACCCUCAUCCGCCCUUGGUGCGCCCCCGGCCUCACAGGCCCCAGUGGCAGAAUCCACAGUGGAACCUGGUCCCACUAGUCACAGCAGAGGCAGGAAGAGGACCUCUAAAAGAGCGGUCUCUACCAAGUCCAGCUCCAAGGCCUCAGCAUGUGCCCAAGCCCUAACAAACCCCACCACAGACUCGGUGUCAUACCUGCUAAGCACAGAGAAAGAGAGGCAUACUGCUGGCCUGGAGCUUCCUCUCUCUACAGGUAAGAAGAUAAUAGACAGAGAUGCUUUGGAAAAUGGUCACAACGGGGGACCAGCGUGUGUGUGUUUCAGGGGAAAGGGGUGUAUGUGAGCUCCUUUAGCUAGGUCUUGACAUUGGUUAAGCAAAUCUCCCCAUCCUUGCUCAAUUUUGCAUGCCUUCUGAAACUGCUACAACUGUAUAUGCAUUCACACAUCAAUUCUUCUCUUGAGUUGGGCUCGGGGAUGGAACAACUGUUGAACAUCUGAGUUUGUGGGGGAAGGGUGGGGAGAGUGCCACAUCUGUUGCUAAGGGGUAAUGAUGUUAGGGACAGUACAGGAUGAAUCACAAUAAUUGUUUCCCAAAAUAAUAAUUGCUUGGCAAAAAAUACACUUUUUGCUAGUCCAGGGCUAUAGGUAACAAUCCCUCGUAUUAAUGUGCCUACACUAUUACGCAUAUUAUUCAUUAAUUGUGGAAAUAAAUUAAGAUAUGCAAGAUUUUUUUUUUAUAUAUACAGUACCAGUCAAAAGUUUGGACACGCCUACUCAUUCAAGGGUUUCUUUAUUUUUGCUAUUUUCUACAUUGUAGAAUAAUAUUGAAGACAUCAAAACUAUGAAAUAACACAUUUGGAAUCAUGUAGUAACCAAACAAAUCAAAAUAUAUUUUAUAUUUGAGAUUCUUCAAAUAGCCACCCUUUGCCUUGAUGACAGCUUUGCACACUCUCGGCAUUCUCUCAAACAGCUUCACCUGGAAUGCUUUUCCAACAGUCUUGAAGUAGUUCCCACAUUCUGAGCACUUGUUGGCUGCUUUUCCUUCUCUCUGCGGUCCGACUCAUCCCAAACCAUCUCAAUUGGGUUGAUGUCGGGGGAUUGUGGAGGCCAAGUCGUUACAUUUUACAUUUUAGUCAUUUAGCAGAUGCUCUUAUCCAGAGCGACUUACAGUUUGUGAGUGCAUAAAUUGUUUCAUACUGGCCCCCCGUGGGAAACGAACCCACAACCCUGCCGUUGCAAGUGCCAUGCUCUACCAACUGAGCUACACGGGGCCUAGGUCAUCUGAUGCAGCACUCCAUCACUCUCCUUCUUGGUAAAAUAGCUCUUACACAGCAUGGCGGUGUGUUGGGUCAUUGUCCUGUUGAAAAACAAAUGAUAGUCCCACUAAGCCCAAACCAGAUGGGAUGGCGUAUCGCUGCUGAAUGCUGUGGUAGCCAUGCUGGUUAAGUGUGCCUUGAAUUCUAAAUAAAUCACAGACCGUGUCACCAGCAAAGCACCCUCACACCAUCACACCUCCUCCAUGCUUUACGGUGGGAAAUACACGUGGAGAUCAUCCGUUCAGCCACACCGCGUCUCACAAAGACACGGCGGUUGGAACCAAAAAUCUCAAAUUUGGACUCCAGACCAAAGGACCGAUUUACACCGGUCUAAUGUCAAUUUCUCGUGUUUCUUGACCCAAGCAGGUCUCUUCUUCUUAUUGGUGUCCUUUAGUAGUGGUUUCUUUGCAGCAAUUUGACCAUGAAGGCCUUAUUCACGCAGUCUCCUCUGAACAGUUGAUGUUGAGAUGUCUGUGACUUGAACUCUGUGAAGGAUAUAUUUGGGCUGCAAUUUCUGAGGCUGGUAACUCUAAUGAACUUAUCCUCUGCAGCAGAGGUAACUCUGGGUCUUCCAUUCCUGUGCCGGUCCUCGUGAGAGCCAGUUUCAUCAUAGCGCUUGAUGGUUUUUGCGACUGCACUUGAAGAAACUUUAAAAAAGUUAUUGAAAUGUUCCGUAUUGACUGACCUUCAUGUCUUAAAGUAAUGAUGGACUGUCGUUUCUCUUUGCUAAUUUGAGCUGUUCUUGCGAUAAUAUGGACUUGUUUUUUUAACCAAAUAGGGUUGUGUUCUGUAUACCCCCCUACUGUGUCACAACACAACUGAUUGGCUCAAACUUUUAAGAAGGCACACCUGUUAAUUGAAAUGCAUUCCAGGUGACUACCUCAUGAAGCUGGUUGAGAGAAUGCCAAUAGUGUGCAAAGCUGUCAUCAAGGCAAAGGGUGGCUAUUUGAACAAUCUCAAAUAUAACAUAUUUUGAUUUGUUUAACACUUUGUUGGUUACUACAUGAUUCCAUAUGUGUUAUUUCAUAGUUUUGAUGUCUUCACUAUUAUUACAGAGAGCUGAGACCAAAGUAACAAAGCCUACCAUCAGUAACACACUACGCCGCCAGGGACUCAAAUCCUGCAGUGCCAGACGUGUCCCCCUGCUUAAGCCAGUACAUGUCCAGGCCCGUCUGAAGUUUGCUAGAGUGCAUUUGGAUGAUCCAGAAGAGGAUUGGGAGAAUGUCAUAUGGUCAGAUGAAACCAAAAUAGAACUUUUUGGUAAAAACUCAACUCGUCGUGUUUGGAGGACAAAGAAUGCUGAGUUGCAUCCAAAGAACACCAUACUUACUGUGAAGCAUGGGGGUGGAAACAUCAUGCUUUGGGGCUGUUUUUCUGCAAAGGGACCAGGACGACUGAUCCGUGUAAAGGAAAGAAUGAAUGGGGCCAUGUAUCGUGAGAUUUUGAGUGAAAACCUCCUUCCAUCAGCAAGGGCAUUGAAGAUGAAACGUGGCUGGGUCUUUCAGCAUGACAAUGAUCCCAAACACACCGCCCGGGCAACGAAGGAGUGGCUUCGUAAGAAGCAUUUCAAGGUCCUGGAGUGGCCUAGCCAGUCUCCAGAUCUCAACCCCGUAGAAAAUCUUUGGAGGGAGUUGAAAGUCCGUGUUGCCCAGCGACAGCCCCAAAACAUCACUGCUCUAGAGGAGAUCUGCAUGGAGGAAUGGGCCAAAAUACCAGCAACAGUGUGUGAAAACCUUGUGAAGACUUACAGAAAACGUUUGACCUGUGUCAUUGCCAACAAAGGGUAUAUAACAAAGUAUUGAGAAACUUUUUUUAUUGACCAAAUACUUAUUUUCCACCAUAAUUUGCAAAUAAAUUCAAUGUGAUUUUCUGGAUAUUUUUUUCUCAUUUUGUCUGUCAUAGUUGACGUGUACCUAUGAUGAAAAUUACAGGCCUCUCUCAUCUUUUUAAGUGGGAGAACUUGCACAAUUGGUGGCUGACUAAAUACUUUUUUUCCCCACUGUAAAUGUGAUAUGUCCGUUUUUUUUUUUUUUAUACAUUUGCAAAAAUUUCUAAAAACCUGUUUUUGCUUUGUCAUUAUGUGGUAUUGUGUGUAGAUUGUUUUUCCCCUCUCAUCAAUUUAAUCGAUUUUAGAAUAAGGCUGUAUAGUUACAAAAUGUGGAAGAAGUCAAGGGGUCUGAAUACUUUCCGAAUGCACUGUAUGUGCAUAUUAUGUGUGAGUGAGAAAAAUGAAGGAGUGAGUGAGUGUGUGUGUGUGUGUGAGUGGCAGUGUGUGUGAGUGUAGGGCUCUGUGAGUGUGCAAAUAUUGAAAUAAAAGGUAAAUAAAGAUACAAGGUAAGCUCGGUCUGUGUAGCUAUUUAUCAGUCAUAUAUCUCUGGGAUAGAAGCUGUUCAAGAGCCUGUUAGUGUCAGACUUGAUGCACCUGUAUCUCUUGCCGUGCGGCAGCAGAGAAAAUAGUCUGUGGCUUGGGUGGUUGGGGUCUUUGACGAUUUUCCAGCUCUUCUUUUCACACCGCCUGAUAUAGAGGUCCUGAAUGGCAGGGAGCUCGGCCCCAGUGACGUACUGCACAACCAUCUGUAGCGCCAUGUGAUCGAGGGCGGUGCUAUUGCCAUACCAUGCAGUGAUGCAGCCAGUCAAUAUGCUCUCAAUUGUACAGCUGUAUAACCUUUUCAGGAUUUGAGGGCCCAUGCCAAACUUUUUCAACCUCCUGAGGGGGAAGAGGCACUGUCACGCCUUCUUCACGACUGUGUGUUUGGACAUUUACCUGACGUUAACUGUGCAAAUAGCAUUGCUGGGUGAUCUGAAAAGUCAUAGUCAGUCGAUCAAUUAUAUAAUAAUACUCUUAGCAAAAAUGUUUUAUAUUUCAUUUACAAUCUGUAGAAACUAUGAUAAUUGAAAGGUUCUGAACAUUUGUGAAACAGCGCAGUUGAAAAAUAUAUGGCAAAUAGAAAUUAAAACUGGAUGGUGUUCAGAGAUGGAUGGGAGGAGGGGUUGAGGAUAGCUGAAGGAUGGGACUAAAAACAAACAAAAGAUAACUCAUGUAAAAUAUACUGUGUCUGUAUAUAGUAUGUAUAAGCUGGAAGUAGAAGCCUAAGUGUUGUUGUCCAUUAGUUUACUCCAAUUUGGGGAGGUGUGGUAGGGUAAGAAAAAAAUCUAAUAAAAAAUAAGAUAAUAGACAUACUAAGGUGAAAAGACACUUGUGGUCCUCUGUAGCUCAGCUGGUAGAGCUCGGCGCUUGUAACGCCAAGGUAGUGGGUUCGAUCCCCGGGACCACCCAUACACAAAAAAAUGUAUGCACGCAUGACUGUAAGUCGCUUUGGAUAAAAGCGUCUGCUAAAUGGCAUAUUAUAUUAUUAUUAUUAUAAAAGAAUGAGAAGGGCUUACCAAGAAAAUCUUCCAAAAUGACAAAUUCAAGGUAGAAAGGAGUUGCAGUGACAAAAAAUGCAGUGAUUUUAUUUUAGCUCACUUUAAUCCGUUGUACAGAAUGCGAAGAUGUGCCUGAGAUUUCAACAUCAAGCUGUCUUCCUCAGAGUGGAAGUUAGAGGUAGUUUCGCAAGCCAAUGUUAACUAGCGUUAACGCAAUGACUGGAAAUCUAUGGGGAUCUGCUGGCAUGCUAGUAGAUACCCAUACACUUCCAAUCAUUGUACCAACACUAGUUAGCAUUGGCUCACGAAACUACCUCAAACUUUAUUCAUACUGGACACAGAGACAUAAAAAUGGUAUACAGGAGUUCAUCUGACUGGGGAAGUAGACAAAAUCCCAAAGUAUCCCUUUUAAGGUGACUACCCAUUGACCAACCUGAUUCAAACAGGAUCCACAGACAACAGUAGAACAAUAAGUGUAUCCUUGGUGUGUCUCUCUGGACUUUCUGACUGCUCUUUUCUCUCUACAGCUGAUGCAAUGCUGACCAAAUAUGACGAGAUAGUCAUCAGUGACAAUGAUGAUGACGUCUUUGUCGAGGCAAUGGUUCUCUCAGCGCAGUUGGAGGAAGAUGAGGCGUUUGCCCACAGUCUUCAGGUAGGGAAAACUCUAACGGAACCACUAUCUCUGUUAAACAAGCUUGCUUUAAGUCAACACAGUGGUCUACAACACACUGGUGGAUUCUCUACUAAAAGUACAUUUCAUUUGAAUCAGUACAUUGGAACUGAGUUAAUGAUUUGAAAAGUUUCACAGAAACCCAUAAAAGCCUUACUCUCCUGAUAGGUCUGUGUGAUUUACAUUUUACAUUUUAGUCAUUUUAGCAGACGCUCUUAUCCAGAGCGACUUACAGUUAGUGAGUGCAUACAUUUUCAUACUGGCCUCCCGUGGGAAUCGAACCCACAACCCUGGCGUUGCAAGCGCCAUGCUCUACCAACUGAGCUACACGGAUUUGUGAUGAUAGAUUUGUGUUCUCUCUCUGUAGGAACAGUUUGACAGAGAGGAGCAACUGCAGCAGGAACAAAGGAGACAGCAGGAGGCCAUGCCGCCCAGCAGACCCCACCACCACAACUACCCAGUGAGCAAUUUUCCCUCAUAUCCUUUGCUAGUUAGUGAGGUAUUAGCCCAGUUAUAGAUAAUUUGUAGUCAGCAAUUGGGGAGUGAUUGCUUUCUACAAGAGCACAAAACGUGUACAUUUCUUAACAAAUUUUUUUUGUCUUAAAGGGGCAUUGUUAUAUUUUGAAGCAGGCUUGAAUAAGCUAAGUAGCCAAUAGGCAGAGGGUAUCAUAAUUUGUCUGAUUCUCUGUAAUAAUGGUAUGGGAAUAAUAAUGCAUUUUAUUUUGUAAAGUGGUUUCUUGCAUCAAACAACACAACAACAUCUUCAGUCACCUUCUUGUCUGAGUGGAUAAAGUUUAAUGUCAAGCCCUGCAUGUUUUUUUCAAAAGUCUCACGGAAUGUAUGCCUACAUUGAACACAACACAUUGGCUCCUACUGUAGGCUGAAUAAUAGAACAGCUAUUUCCAUGUUAAAAUGUUAUGGGAUGCAUUUUCUCCAUUGUUUUUGAUGGUAGGCCACUCUGGUAGGCCUACAUUAUGAACAAAUAGCCACAGUAGCCUAGACCACUGUUAAAACUGUAACUAAAGCAGGUACAGCCUCAGUGCUCACAGUAAACGCGCGCUGGAAGUUGCACAGAAUUUUCACAACGUUCAAGUUUGCGCUCAGCAGACCUGACAUUUGUGCGAAGAUUUUUUGAGGGAACAUUGGCGGUGAGUAUUAUGUCUCUGCUGUCUUGGUUGGACCAGGUCUCUCUUGAAAAAUACAUGUUAUCGUCGACAGAUUUUUCACCUAGUCGGCUCGGGGAUUAGAACCAGCGACCUUUCAGUUACUGGCCCAAAGCUCUUAAACGUCAGGCUACCUGCCGCCCUCAAUGUGACACUGAAUGGGGAUUUUAUUUGUAUUUUGAAUUGCGCUGCUGUGGGACUUGGUCUAAUUGCUGUGCUGUCUCUCCUCAGUAUGAUCCUCACUUGGGGAUGAACUGGAUGUCUCCCUGGCCCUCAGCAGUGAACUACGCAGCUUUUCCCCAUCAAGUCACAGGAUUAGAGGAAGGUAUGUUUCUUGAACAACAACCACAGUAUUGUGAAAUGUACUGGUAAGCUUGAUGCACUACUUAGUUAGAAAUCAGUUUUGUUGCUGUGUAGUAUGUGUCAUAAGUGUGUGUAGUGAUCAAACCAUGUUUGAUAAGUGUGUGUUGAAUCAUUCAGAGUUGAUGGGCCGGUGCAGAGGAAGAGGCCGCUGUCGUGCUCCACAUCGCAGAAACCCCCGUCAUGCAGUCCCUGCCCUAUUUGAUGACAGCCAAGGAGACAACUAUGAGGUACAACCUGCCUGGGUCAAUUAGCAAAAAUAAACUAAACUUAAAUCCUCCCCAUGUAGAUUACAUUGAUUUUCCUUCAAUCAUUCAUAUGUAGGAUGAUAUAGAUCUUACAUUUAGCAGUUAUGUUCUCACAUUGAUUGCUGCCCUGCGUCGGUAUUAACCAUUGAACAUGCAGUCGAUCGUUUACUAAUGUCACUGUGUAUUGGUUAAUGUUUGUAUGCUCUGUUUUGACCACUCAGGCUCUACUGGCCUUUGAGGAGGGCCAGGGUGCUGUUGUGGCCAAGAAAAGCCUGAGUGAGAGGGAGAUCGAGAGGCUGCCUACGAAAACCUACGACCCAGCACAUAGUGCGGGAAAGACACAGUAGGUCCCACAACGACGUACUGUUUACGCCUCUCCAUAUUGUCCGAUAAAUAUGAUCUGCAAAGGGUUGUGUGAGUCCAGCCAAAGCAGUAACACAUCUGAUUCAACUUAUCAUAGUCUUCAAUAAAGAAGCAUUGCAGUUCACCAGUCCCAAUUCAAAUACAUUAAUUUACUUGCUCAGAAUUUCAGCAUGCUUUGGAUGCUUUAGUUCAUGCAUUCAGGACAGAACCAUGCCAGAGUGACUGUGUUCUGUUUUAGUGUUCUUCACCAGUGGUAAUGUUUUCCUCUGUACAGGUGUCAGAUCUGUUUCUCGGACUACACAGAGGGGGAACUGCUGAGGAUGCUCCCUUGUCUCCAUGACUAUCAUGUGCAGUGCAUCGACCGCUGGAUAAAGGUACAGCACAUUGCGCUUUGUCUAUGGUGCAAUGUAAGCAGGCCCCUACACACAAACACAACAUAUUUAGACAGCACUGUGUUACAAUGCAGUUACAGCACAACAGUUGGUGCUUUCUCGCCCAUUUUAAAAUGUCAAACAACAUUGUUAACAAUUGAACCUUGAAGUUAGACAAGGUAAAUGGAAAACUACAAGAUAACAUGAAAUCCAUUUGAAAAAAUACACCUGGUUGUUUUCUGUUGGCAGGAAAACACCACGUGCCCUAUCUGCCGAAUUGACAUAUCGGAGUGCUGUGGUGACUGA